UCAAGCUUUUCUCUCUCUCUCUCUCUCUCUCUCUAUUUUAUUUUUAGCUCAUUUAUAUUCAAGGGAAUUAAGUGUGCACGUGCCUGCAGGAUUUUUUCCAUCCAUCACUGUUGACGCUGGAGGUUUCAAUUACAGCAGACACAGAUGGUUGGGCAGGCGAGGAUUGUCAUGCCGCUUGUUGGAGCAACUGACAGGCAGGGAGGACUGAGCAAAGCCACUUUCAGACCGUCCAAUAAAUCUCACACAAGGGCCUUUGGAGAGAGUAAAGCUUUAGACAGGAUGAGCUUCACAACCCACCUCGGACUUACCCGUGAAUCCGGCUUUGUGUCAAACCAAAGACCCGUUUUAUUUAACAAGCUCAGUUUGGACCUCAUUGACAACCCACAGUUUGGUUUUAUGUCUCAAACUAAGCAGCACUACCAGCCUCCCAUCCACUCUGAUGGCUCCGGAUCUUUGCCAAGCGUCCUUAACAAACCCAGAGCCAGCGGCUUCCAUCAUGUGAGGAGUCUUUCCAAAGCAGAGCCUGUGGAGGCAAAGUCGGAGUACCAAAGCUUCUUUGUGCCUCAUCAUCUCACUCCAUCAGUUUCUCACCACAUGAAACUGGGUCCCAAAGUGGAGACUGGAUUCACUAAAGGAACAAAUCUGCAGUUAAACACCUUUCUGGACAAAAAAAGCUGCAUACUGGAACCUCAGACCUUCAGCUCAGUGAUGAAGAGCGACUUUCUGACGCCAUCUUUUCCGAAGGGUGCCGAGAGCAUUCAAAGGGUACACAGCCAUUCAGUCAAAGAGACAGGAUAUACACGAGGUGCCAUCGCUCCCUUAGCCUGUCCCAGCUCUCUCCUGCAAUCACCAGAAACUAGAACAAAUGCACCAGUUGUGAAGACUAUUGGAAAAAAGGAGCACACAGGAUUUUUAUUAAAUACUCCAAAUGAAAUUUUCCCUAAAAGAUCAUUUGAGCCUUCACACUUCACUACUCAUUAUAACAGCAAGUUUAGUUGUGGCUAUCAGAAGGACAGGAACUCAGUUCCUGCUGCAGGAAUCAUCAACACAAGCCACACAAUGGACAGUGGCUACAACCAUCGAGACACAGACAGGUUCAUAUUAAUGAAUUAGAUGUUCUCACAACUUCAAUGUAACCUGCAUAUCCUUCUCAUUUCGAAAAUAAAAUUCCUUAUUUAAGCAAUUUAUUUGCAACUUCUUUAUGUUCUUUUUGAGUAAAUAUAUUUUAGCAAGCAAGUUUUAACAUU